AUGAGAGCCCCAGCCAUGCCUGUCUGCUCUGCCUCUCUGCUCUGCCUGUUCCUCCUGCUGCUGUGUGGGUUGCUAGGAGGUUGGGUGCUGUCUAUCUGCCCCACUGUGUGCUCCUGCAGCAGGGGACAUCGUGUGGUGGACUGCUCCUCACGUGGUCUAACCAAGCUACCGCCUGGUCUGCAGCACAACAUCCACUUUCUCAACCUCUCUUUCAAUAGCUUGCAGGGUCUGGAAAGCCAGCUCACCCACUAUGCCCACCUGCGAACCCUGGACCUGUCUUACAACCGCCUGGAGACCCUGCCCCCUGCCCUGCCGCGGUCUCUGUGGGACAUCAGAGCGGCAGGCAACCAUCUACGCUUGCUGGACAAAAGCGACACAGCUUACCACUGGAACCUGAAAGUACUGGACCUGUCGGACAAUGAGCUGGAGAGAGUGGUCUUCAUCAACAACACGCUGGCAAGUCUCCAAGCUCUCAAUCUCAGUCAUAACAAGUUUUGGACCGUGCCCACGAAUUUGCCACACAACUUGGAGAGCAUUGAUUUGUCACAUAACUAUCUCAUGCAGAUCCUGCCUGGCUCUUUGGAUCGGCUGCCAAAGCUGGCUAAGUUCUUUUUGCAUGCUAAUCGCUUCUCCUUGUUGUCUAAAGGGAUAUUUGAUAAGCUGGUGGGGCUGGAGGUGCUGACUCUUGGGGAUAACCCCUGGGCUUGUGAAGAAGAAGAAAACAUAACAAAGCUCCUGACAUGGGCUGAGCAGACCCGUGCCACCAUCUUAGGUUGCCCCUGUUAUACAAGACCUAUUUGUGGGCAAACCCAUCAGCCCACUAUAUGGCACUAG